AUGGAGACUCUGAAAGCAGCUAUUCCAGAAAACCUGAAGCGAGCAAUAGAGGAUAGCACUGUCGAUGAUCUUCGAAGCACGUGCUCUUCUCUUCACCGCUUCUUUCUCCAAUUCGACACAUUUCACCAGAUUAUCACUCAACUGGCGGAUCCAAAGUAUGGUCUGUGCGGUAAGAGUAAGGAAGAUGCCUUGAAAUCCAAGCAGCUUGGUAAUCAAUGCUUCUCCAACGCAGAUUAUGCCAAGGCCUUGGACUGCUAUACUCAGAGAAGAGUUCGACCCAUUGUUUUCUGUCCUAGUGAUACAGGGUUGAACUUUAUGAAAAUGGAGAUUGGGAAUGAUAAGGCAUUGCGCAAGGCUCCAUUAGAUACUGCUGAUGUGAAAAGUAAUCUUGUUGCAACAUUAUAUAUCAAUCGUGCUACUGUAUUGCAUGCAUGGUACCGCAGAGGUAAGGCAAAUGCUUCAUUGGGAAAUUAUAGAAAUGCAAUUUGCGACCUAAAUGUGGCAAAGAGUGUGGAGUUUUCAAUAGACGGGAAGAGACAAAUAGAAAGUGAACUGAAAAUUCUUUUAGACCAAUGCAAAAGCACAAGUGCUUUAGUACAGAAACAACAUAAGGAGAACAGCUGCAGCACUGUGGACACGGUUCUUCUUAGGGUUGCUAGAAGUGCACCAAUAUCCUUUGAUUAUAGGGUUAGCUUGAAGUGCACCCAACUCAUAGUUCUAUCACUGUUGCCACCACUGGAGCAGUCGCCGGAGCCAUUGCUGAAGCAAUCACUAGAGCAAUCGUCGAAGUCGUCGCCAUUGCCGGAAUAUUCACUGUUGUCGAAGCAGUUGCCGUCAGAGCUAUUGUUGUCGGAUCAACCGUUUUUUGAGUCGUCACAAGCCUGCUUCUCUCUCCGCAACAUGGCAACUCCAUUAAGCAAUGCAAAUCUUCCUCAUUUACUAGAUGACAAUCGCCUUAAUGGUCGAAAUUAUCUCCAAUGGGCUCAAUUUAUCAGACGCAUGUUGAAAGACUUGCUUCAAGCUACAUGGAAAAAGAAAGCUCUCAAUCGUUUAGCAGAACUAAAAGGACAACCCACAAGGAAGGCUUAUCAAGCAACUUCAGAUUUUGAAAAUACUGGCAAGACUCUUUCAUCCCCUGCAAUUGAAGAAGGAAUGCUUGCAUUUCGUGUUGAAAUUGACCAACUGAAAUCUUCAAUGGAAUCCAUCAGUGAGAUUCCUCAAAUGAAGCUACAGUGUGUCUCCAUGCCUAAUAAAGGAAGAGGCAUGGUUUCGUCGUGUGUCAUUUCACCAGGAUCUUUGGUUCAUUCUGAAGAACCUUAUGCUAUGAUCCGAGCAGGUGGGAAAAUGUUCAGGAUAUACCCAGAAAAAAAUGACACUUUUAAAAAUAUGCCCAGUGAUCUUGGAGAAUAUGCGGCUGAAGUUAUCCAAAGCAGUGAUUCUGAACAAGAAAUUGAGGAUAUUACUGAACAUAAACAUGAAUGUCAAGGCGUACAUUGGCCUGUGGUAUUGCCAUCUGAGAUUGUUUUGGCUGGCAGAAUGCUAGCACGGCUUUUGCUGAAUAGCACAUCUGAAGAUAUUAUAAACUUUGUGGAAAGGCUGGAGCUUUCUCAUUGUUACGAACAUAUGUCAUCUGAAAGAAAAUUGGAUUCACAUAUAUAUGCCAUUGUAUUGUUAUAUUGUCUUCAACACUCUUUUGGAGCUAUGGUUUCCCCAGAUGGAGUAUCCAUAUCACAGGUUGUUUUGGUUGUCAUAAUUAUCUCUCAAAUUAAAGUGAAUUGUAUGACCGUUGUUCGUUUAAAAUCAAUAGACACUCAUGGACUAUCCGGUCAUUUUGGAGAAUUUUCAUUUGAAUCUGGUGCACAUUCAACUAGUAAUGUGGAACAGGUAAGAGUGGGUAAAGCUAUUUAUAAAGCUGCCAGUUUAUUCAACCAUUCUUGCCAACCAAAUGCCCAUGCAUAUUUUCUUUCGCGCACUCUUUACAUACGAACCACAAAUGGUGUAGCAUCUGGGUGUCAGCUAGAAUUGUCUUAUGGUCCGCAGGUUGGGUUGUGGGAUUGUCAAGAUCGCCUUAAUUUUCUCAAAGAUGAAUAUGCAUUUCAUUGUCGGUGUAUUGGUUGUUCAGAAGUUAAUGUAUCUGACAUUGUCCUCAAUGCCUUCCAUUGUGUCAAUCCAAAUUGUUCUGGCGCAGUGUUAGAAAGCAGAGUACUUGACUGUGAACAGCAGAAAAUCAAGCACUUCCCUAUUACUGACGGUGUUGACAAGAAUGAUGACAUUUAUGAAGUAUGUCUUGAUGUCUUUAAGCAAAAUGGGGCCUCUAUUCAUAGUCGACCAGGAUACUGUUUGAAAUGUGGUUCUAACUGUGAUUUGGAGUCUUCACAUGCUGCAGUGAGUAAAGCUUUAAUAUGCAUAAGAAGGUUGCAGGAUACAAUAUUGUCAAAAGAAAUUUCAAGCAUUACUAUUUCUGAUGCUUUGAGAUCUCUUCAAUUGCUUAGAUCAAAUUUGCACGCAUACAACAAGUGUAUUGCAGAGGCAGAAGACAGCAUUGCUCAGGCAUUUUGUUUAGUGGGAGAAUUACAAUUAUCUGUUGAUCAUUGCAAAGCUUCUAUCCAGAUUCUGGAAAAGCUAUAUGAUACUGAUGAUAUUGUUAUUGCUCAUGAACUUGUGAAGCUUUCCUCCAUCCAACUUUCCUUGGAUGAUUGUACUGCUGUCGAAAGCUUAAAUCGAAUAAAUGAUAUAUUCUCACGUUAUUAUGGACUUCAUGCAGACUUGGUGUUCCCUUAUCUUCAAUAUCUUAGGAGAGAAAUUGAGAAAUUUUCAGUGAAGGCCAUCCAAUAA